AUCCAGACAAACCUGUCUCUUAGCCUUGAGACAGCUUUCAAGCCCAAGGAAGAAAACUAGGUUCCGGAGAUUAGCCUCACUCGUGUUCUACAAAAUGCAUGUUUCACCUGCACCAUAUCUGGUUUCAAACUUGUACAGGAUCCCCCAAUUGUAGGCCUAAUACAAUUGAAUUAAAGCUGGGCAUCCGACUAUAUAAUGCCAUCACCUUUUCAGCACAAGUGCUUUAAUUUUCAGCUAAACAAUCAUUCAAGUCUUUAGAUACCCUGAAGAAAUGGCCACUCCGGCGGGAGCGCAUGCUUCAUACAUCAAGCAGUAUCUACCCACAGCAUUUCCAGCUUCAAAACGAGGCGGUACCAAGCAGGCCUUUCAAGUUACAGUACCAGAGGCCGGCAGAAACGGAACAAGAUGCCUUACUUGUCUUCUCAACAUUCAAGGAUGUCCGACCAAAAAUGGAUACAUAUGUUUUCAACGAUGGAUCGCAGAAAACACUACUGUGUAUUGAUGGCACUAUCCCCGUCUACUACAAAGGCAUAAGCUACAACAUUCCCAUCUGUAUCUGGGUGAUGGAUACGCAUCCCUACAAUCCACCCCUCUGCUUCGUCAAGCCCACCAAGGACAUGCUUAUCAAGCCAUCCAAGUAUGUGGAUGCCAACGGCAAAAUCUACCUGCCCUACCUCUAUGACUGGGACUGUCCAUCAUCGGACCUGCACACGCUGAUCCAAGUCAUGUCAGCUGUAUUUGGAGAGAGUCCACCUGUGUUCAGCCAGCCCUCCCAACCUAAUUCUCCGAGGACAGGAAUAGCAGAGGCCGAUUGAGAUAGGGAAAUGACACUGAAAAUUGUAUCUUUUGUAAUGUAUUAUUCUAAAAGGUCAUAAAAGCUGUCAUGUAGAGAGUCUAAUGACUAGUUCUGUACUGCAUGAUGCUAGUAGUGCAAUGAUAUUGAAAUCUUAACCCUCAAUGCACUGUAUGUGCAGUCACUCAGUUAUUUGUCGACAUUAUGUAAAUACAAAACUUUUGAAAACUUUUUAAAGUGGUAAAUCUGUUUUUAACUCUAUAAUUCUAUCUAAAUUUUUCAUUGUAUUUGUAAAAAGAAAAAAAUUCAAGUCAGUACCUACAUGUUGCACACAGACUGCAGAUCCAUUAAAUAAUUUGUCUUUUUAUAUCUUAAAUCGAUCAUCAGAAACUAAGUCAAAAAAUCUAGAAACUGACCUUAGGAAUGCCUAUAUUACCCUCCCCCCGAAAAAUCUCUCCUCCCCCCCCUUCUAAAAGAAAUUGUACUUGGCCUGAGCAAUUCCUCUAUUUAUACUCGAAAAAUACCCACCGAUUCAAUUUAAAAGAAUUAUUUUUCAAAAUAAAAUCCUGCAACAACAUUUUCUCAUCAUGGUGACAACUUUCAAAUAAAAGGUACAAUUCUUUCAAAACCCACAUCGCUGAAACCAACAAACAUUGCUACUUUCUGCAAACAAACAACCCCAAACUACACAAACUAGAAAGCCACUGCAACCAAGAAUUCUGAGUAGAAAUAAAAACUUAGAAUAUGAAGUAAAAGUAGUAAUACAGCGACAGAUAUUAUCUGACACCACCCCCAAAACAACCUUGUAAUCCAAAAUCUCAAUCACUCAUCAGUGACAUCAAAAAUAAUCUCCAAACGAUACUCUCGAAACUUAGUGACUAUCACCACCAACAAACACGAUAGUUAACAUCAGACAAACCCAUCAACCUUAGGAAAUUUAGUCAUAAAUGUCAUCACAGCACUAUAAUCGCCAAAUCCCCGAUAAACAAUAGAAUAACCCUAUAUAAUCAAUACAUCACCUGCAAACCUACUAUAGAAAGAAAGAAAUCAUUCCCUCACACAAAUUCAAACAUUCCCCACAACUUCCAUGUCAACCAACGAUGUCCAAGAAACCGUAAGCAAGGCCUCUCCUCCAUUCACACACAACGAGCUGAAGACUCCUGUCAAUAAAAGAUAUCAUUUGUUAGUCCAUCCUAGUAAAAAUUGUUAACAUUCCCUACGACAUCCACAUCACUUAAAACAGCUGAAAAGAAAUUCAGAACAUCACCAUAACCAAAGGCAUCAUUAUCACAAUAUUACUGAGACAAAACACAUCAAUGAAUAUAGUAGACAUUUAUAAAAUACAGCGGCCUUGGAAACUUUGACAGAUGUGUAAAGUCUUUUCACCUAAUCCAAUCCAUCAAAAAUAAUUUCACAAACUCUAUUUAGUUAAGAUAACUGUCCACUGGCCAAUCUAACCUUACAUGUGAAUUUCUUCAGCUCUGGAUUCCACCCUCCAUUGAACUGUUCCCUGAAGUAGACAAACUUAUGAACACCAACAAAAAGGAAGACUGAUCACAACUUCCGCAUAGUUGGGUUACUUCCCCCUCUGAAAUAAUCCUAGGACUCUACUUAAAUUGAAAUUCUUUGCAGGCAAAUUUGUCAAAUCAAAUUUACCUGGCACAUUCCGAACAGUCCCUGAUCAUCGAUUAGUCAAAUCAGGUCAAUUGACACUAAUUACCGUGAUGAUUUUUCUUUAAUUUGGUUUGAUUUUGAGACUUAAUAAAAACUACACCCCGAGGUUGCUGAUUGCCAGUAUUUCAUUCAAAGUUACUACCACCUGAAAGUGUAAUAUAUGUACCUUACAAUAAUUAUACACAUUGGUCUCUGAACAAUGUGCAGCUACAGUAAAAACAAAUCAAGGUUAUGGAAUGAAAAUUACUUUGAGGAAAGACAGUGAAUUAAUAAGUAAUAGGAAUGAGGUGUUACGUUACUUUUCAUGAAUAUUGGAGCAAACAAUAGAUUCAAACAAAAGGUGAUUUCAAAGUUGAUUCAACUGUUAAAACUGGGAUUUCAAAAAGUGUAUUUAAAUCAAUAGUAGGCCAACAAUGUGCAUGGAAAACUGAAAAUAUGCUUGCUUAUUGGACACAAAGCAAUAACAUGAAUGCAUGAAUAAACAAAGUCACUAACUUGAGAAGUUGA